GCUAACAUGAGGAGGACUUUGUCUAAACUUGCUCCGUUCCUUUAGGUGUCCUAUCAGGAAAUUAGGCCGACAUGGUUCUUGAGGAGCUGGCCACCCGUCUCAACGACAGAGAGUAUAAGAACUGGCUGAAAGCAGGCCGGUGUCUGCUCUUACUGAGGGAUGGGCUGCACCCCUUCAUCAGCCAACGCAUGAGAGCUUUCCACGCAGACCUGAUCAAUCAGAACAGUCUGCUGCGGAAACCCUGUGAGACCUCUUCAUGCAGGCCCAGAGGGACUAAGUUUCUACCAUGCAGGGCUUGUUCAGAGUGGCAAACAGUGAUCCUGAGACACCACAGACAGCGAGCGACAGCCACAGUGAACUGGGAGAACUGUUUCCCUCCCCACUGGAGGACAGACUACUGGGAAUUGGCCAAGGCCUUUAUGCCACGGGGUCUGGGGAAGGUGAAGGCAGCAGAUCAAUGCGAUGCCUCUGCUCUGCUCAACCUAAUCAACUACUGUGAUUAUUUCCAGUCUGUGGAUCUAAAAUGUGUGAGAGAGGUGAUCCGUUACAGGAACGAGUUGAUGCAUUCUUGUGAGCUGCGUGUGAAGAAUGACUGGAUGAGGCACUAUGAGACCAGUUUGAAAAACCUUGUAAGGCAGUUCAGCCCCAUACCACAGAUGGCAAGAGUCGGCCAACAGAUAGAGGAGAUGCUGGUCGUUGAUUUGUCAAUAUGUGUCUCUGGUUUGGACCGAAUGGAUUCUGCUAACAUGGAUGGAAUAGAGUGCGACUCUGUCAGCCAAUGGGAGACAAGCCCUGACUUAAUCAGCCAGUGGGAGACUGAGUUACUACAAGAGAGACUGCAGGAGUUACUGCAUGUUGCUACUGCUGCUGAAGAUGAUACAGAUGUCACAAAGGCAGAGGACACUGAGCAGUUGAAGAGACUGGGGGGUUUCCUGCAGGCCAACAGAGACCUGGCUGAGCGGUUUUCUACAGAGCUCAAAGCCAUCAACUCACUGGAGGCCAGAGAAUAAGAGGAGGAAGGCGGGACAAAGAGAAUGCAGAGCAUCUUGUGCACUACAUUUAUAUAUUCACUACUUAAAAUGUGUUAUGGUCAGAAUUUAAGCUGAUCAGGGGAUUUGUGACAACUUGUAUGUUCAUGUACACUAUAUAGAAUUUCAUUAAAAAUGUAAAUUAAAGAUCAAA